GUAAAUCGGCAUGGCCAAUAUUAUCGGCAGAUUUUAACUGAACAAAUAUAACAUCAGCAUAUAUGGUAUGUUGGCCGAUAUAUAACAAGAAGUCUCAGCACAAACAUACCGCCAUUUAAUAGGUUGUUAGCCAUAGAGCUGAGGCUUUAUUCUUCCCACAGUGCAUAUUGUCACACUUCACAUUAUUAAGUUUUGUCAUGUCAUAUUUUUGUGUUAAAAAUACAUAUCAGCCAAUUCAGCAUUAUUAUUGUUGUUUUUUGUCUUUUUUACUCUUUACUAUAAGGCUUACGAAUAGAGGAUACCUAGUUACAAACUGUAUUAGGAACAAAUUUUGGUUUAAAAGAUUAAAUGUCAUCGAAAUACAACAUCAAAUUGAGACAAUGAUCAAAAUGACAAGUCAUGCCCAUUCAGUAAAAAUAUCAUUACAUGUGUUCUACACAUAGACUGUAUAAAAAUGUAAAGUGUUAUAAGCUGAAGCCGGUGGUAGCCCAGUGGAAGUUAUCAUUAUUCAUUGUUUGUAAAACAAGCAAUUACAAGCAGUAAUUGAUUUUCUUCCUGCCACUGGCGACAGCAAGGCCAUGAAACUGUUUGCUUUCCAACCAUAACUUUUAUCUGCAACUGCAACUUUUCAGCUAUAAAUAAAUACAUAAAUAUAUUAGUCUGCUACUGCGGUGCACGCGCACCUUUGAAAUGUCUUGGGCGCCAAACGUGGCGUUCCAUCCUCGUGCGCACGUCAGUUAGGACUCUGGAGGAAAAAGUGGGUACAUUAUCCAUCUGGAUAGUUUAGGAAAAGACUCCCCUGGGCUGGCUAAACAUGAGCGAAUCGGCAGGAUUCAACAUUGAUGACCUGAUUAAUGUUACGCUACUGAAAGAAGGUGAAGGAGUGCAGGAGCCCGAAGUUGAACAGUUGAUGGGCAAAUUAAGGAGGCUGCAACAAGGUAAAAGAGCCCUGGAAGAAGAAAUUAAGGAGAUCAAAUCAGUCAGUGACUCUUUGCAGAAAGAGCUUGAAACUUGCGUUGUUGUUGUUUUUACAGUACAAACUGAAGCAUACCAACUGGAAGGAAUCCAUAAAGAAAAAGAAGAGUUGUACAGGAAGCUGCAGUUUCAGUGUGAGGAGUCUGAGCAGGACUCUGCCAGGCAGUUAAAGCAGAACAAGAAAAGUGACGAACUGCUGGAACAGUACAGAUGUGAAAUCCAGGAAUUCAAGCUUAAACACCGGAAGCAGCGUCGGCCUUGUUUUUGCAGGAUGAGGUUUGAAAACCAACUUCAUCAACUGAUAGAGCAGCAUAAGAAUCUGCACUCUGUCUUUACUCCAGAAAGGCUCCCAGAUGAAAUAGGGAGUGCUGAGAAUACAAAAAGUCAGCUGUUAUCAGCUGAACAAAUGAAGUUGGCUCAGCUGCAUCGCCUCGCUGAAGAGGUGAAGAAACAGAAGCAGCCAGGGACAGCAGCUGCAGAGACUCAGGAUGAGUAAAACUGCAAGUCUGUAGGUAGUUUUAAAGAAUCAGAGGUAAUAGUCUGGGUCAAGUGAAAACCUUAAAUCUCCCAAAUGUCAGCUUCCCAAUUCCAUCAGUCCAAGGGUUACAGAAUCCUGCCAAACUUGUACAGCAAAAAACUAAAACUACAGUUGACCUCAAAAUAUCCAGAAUUUUAGUCACGACUUGUUGAUUUAUACCAGUGACAUCCAAGUAAAAUGUUUGCCUACCAAACUCA